AUGCCGACUUCUACAGAGUUCUUUGGUUUCACUGCCCAUAACUUGGGACCAUUGACUACGACCUUCUCGGCCUCGUCGGCAUGUGCAACCGGCACUGAUCAUCAUGUUAUUGUCAAUGCAAGCUCAGCCGACUGGAUCUGGGGCUAUCCAACGUGCGGCUUCCAAGACUACGGCAGCUGUAUUCCCAGCGGAAAGUCUUAUGAUUCACUGCGAAGCCUGACUACACCGUUGAAUCGGGCCUGGUAUCAUUACUACUCGCCCGAAAUAGCCUGUCCAUCUGGAUGGACUACCGCUGGAACCAUGAUCAAAGAGGGAGAAUCUUCUCUGAGUGUAUCUGGUGUUUUUACAAGUCGUAUACAGGCGUCUACCACUGGAGCGGUGCAACUCGAGCCUGCUGACUUCUGGGGCGAAAUUAUGAAUGUGUCAGAGACAAUUGCCUACUGUUGUCCGAGUGAUUACCAAGCAAACCCUGUUGGGCAGUGUUUCUCGACGCUCGGCCCAAGGAGUGAAUUCAACUAUUCGUCCAUGUGCUACACCCCUGCGCCAGUGGACAUCUUAACUGUCACGACUUUAGAUGGCAGUUCAUUGACGCAGCCGUUGCUUUCUCUCGAAGUUCUGACAACGCCAACUACAACGUACCUGGAUGAUGGAAUGCUUACUCAGUCGGACUACUCGAGGGACCUUGUUGUUGCUACCUGGGUGCCUGCGGUGCCUUUGAUUCACCAGCAGUCUGACCUGGACGAAGCGGAGGAUGACGAUGAUGAUGAAAAUGAUGGUGGAGAUGAUGGUGACGGUGAGGAUACCGAUGGAAAUGCUGCUUCUACUAAGACUCCAGGAAACGGAGUUAUCAUCGCAUCCGCCAAGGGAAAGCUUAACAGCCGAUCCCAAGUUUGA